AUGAAGUUUGCAAGCUUGUCUGGCCUUGCGUGGUUUAUGCUGGCGCAUCGCGGCCUUGCGACGGUUACCUUUGACACGUGCUCUGCUGACGAAGCCACCUCGUGCCAGUGUCCUCCCAUCAGAAGGUGUGCGCCCCUGUCCUACAACUACCAAGAGGAGCAUUUCCCCAGGGACGGCGACACAUGCCCAGACACGUCGCCACCUUGCUGCGCCGAGAGCACCACAGGAGGGCUGCAAGUCUCUCCCUCGACGACCAACCUCCAGUGCGGCAAGAACUAUGGAGACGAUCAGCACGAUGUUCAGGAUGGAGUCUCGUACACGAUCGAAGACUGCCCGGCUGGUCCGUACUUUGGACAGCAGUGCCUCCACAUUGACAUCACCACGGCCGCGGGCGUCGACGUUCACGACAUCCAUCUGCAGGUCGACGAUGCCCCCAUCACGAAAAACAACGCGCUUGGAACUUGGGCCUUCAACAAGUACUGCACUACCGACCCGACCGAGUGCUUGGUGCCCGUCAGCAAAAUCAUUGACGAGUUCAAUGACCCGAAGCCGGCUUCACUCUGCGACAAGACCAUCUACGUUGCGGCGGGCAUCUCCAUCGCAGGCAGCGGCGACGAUGCCACUUGUUUCAACGAAGGCGAAACCAUUGGCACCGGCAACUGGUUCAUGUACGUCUCUCUGGGCCUCACGUGUUCGGGAGAGACCUGCCAACGCAAGUGCUGCUGUCCAACUCUGGCGACUCCAUGA